AUGUCCGGCUUCGAGAUCGCGGGGGUCGUUCUUGGGGUCAUCCCUCUCCUGAUCUCGGCGAUUGAGGAUUACAAGUCAGGCAAAAGCACCAUGGCCGCAUUCGUCCAGUAUAGAGGCCACCUCGAGACAUUGACGUUCCGGCUCAAAUAUCAGAAGCUCGCCUUCUACUUCGACAUUCUGGAGCUGCUGAGGAGUGCCCAGGUCAGAGAAGCAGAGAUCGGGGCGGAUAUGACGGAACAGGAGUGCUUGAUGGUUCUUAACGAUGCCAAAAACGGUACACAGGUGCGGGAGUACCUUGGCAUACAUUAUGAUGCUUUCAUCGGUGUAUUGAGAAGAUACGAAGAAUGCCUCCAAACCAUCGCUAGGAAACUAAGGCAUAUCACGCGUCUCCCACAGAUGGCUAAAGACGACCUUCAAGCAUUGAUUACCGCUAACCCUCCUAUCAAUGGGAAAUUCGACUUCAAAGGGGGGGUAUCGUUUACGAUGAGAAGGGAUGCACUAAAAGGGCUAGUUGAAGAGUUGAAAGAAGACCGCCUUUCUCUCAAAGUUAUCCUCAAAGGCACGAGGACUCAACAUGAGAGGGCUAUUUCGAAUCCCUCGAACGAUUCACGGAUCUUGGCAGGAGCUCUGAGAAAGUUUCAGGCUUAUGCGAAGACACUGUUUGGGGCCAUGUGCCGAAGCUGUGCCUGUGCUUGCCAAGGAGAACACAAGGUCCUGUUGCAGCUCCAUAAUCGGGUUAUGCAGCCAAACACGACCAAAACACCAAGAGUAAAGCCACCGGAUGCAGCCGCCUUCAAUCUCAUCUUCGAUCUUGGAGACUACCUUCAAGAAGCUUCUGUGAAGGCUAACCACCCAAAUCCGGUUUCAAGGGUGGCGUUCGUUGACCAUGACGUCAGUCAAGUCGAACCCUGUCAUCGUGAUCUCUGCGUGGAAAAUGCCACAACCAGUCAUGUCCGGGGAAAGCCUUCGAGCAUCUGUGAUAUGGCAGCCCGAGCGCGCAUCACGGGCAGCGUCCUGAAUCUGGUCAUGGACGGAGGCUCCUUUGACCUUAUUGAAGGCCCACUUGAAUCACAGCGGAAGCUUGAAGCUUCAACCACUCUCGAGAACUUUCUACGCAUCGCAAACCCUACUGCCCUUGACAUUGCAGCUUCGAUCAUCCAGCUGCAACAGACGGACUGGUCCGACCCGUCCUUGUGUAGUAAAGUCGUCAAGUUCGUGGUUCCCAAAGGAUGCAACAACGUUACCUCUUCCUCGGUCCCAUACGUCGAGCAAACUCCCGUUUCGCAGCCCAUGAACAACACUACGGGACCAGACCCCAAGAUGGUUCUUACCGAAAUCGCCAUUCUAUUGUCGGAAAUCUGGCACCACAAACCCCUUGAGAUGUGGGCUGCCGAGGCUGGUGUCGAUAACACGACGACUACCGAAGCUCGGAUGGUAGCUGCCAUACGCUGGUUUCAGGUAACAUCAGAGCGUCUGCCGCCACAUCACUUCGACGCCAUUGAGCAUUGCUUAGAAAUAUGCGCGGGAAGACCUCGAUACUGGCACGAGGAGGAGUUCCUGUGGCUGUACUGCGAGAACAUCAUCAAGCCGCUGCAGAACAGUUGCAAGACCUGGGAGGUUGCUGGGCCUUACGCAUUAUCAGUCAGAGAAUGGGUGGGCUUGGUAAUGUUGGAUAGCCACGGCGAGGUUCUCGUUGCGCCACGAUGUGGAUCAGAAUUUAGUUUGGAUUAG